CUUUGGACCCAUCCGUGAUACAGUUUAUGUCCUGCAGGUUACAAUUCGUUCUCAUGGUCCAGAUUUGUUUUCAUAGUCACCACCCUGUCUACGGAUUAGAGGGAAUGAUGUAAGUUAUGCGCAUGCCCAGUUACACACAGACAGUGUGACAGGAUCUGACAGGUCUCAAAGAAAUGCCCCCAGUGACAGAUUCCGACCGCUGCACACCUCAGGGUGUGAGUUACAGUAAACUACCACAUAUCAUCAACGCAGACGGCCAGUACCUGUACUGUAGGACCUGGGAACCCACGUUACUGGCCGGUCAGAGCCCAAGGGCGUUGCUGUUUAAUUCACAUGGGUUAGGAAGCCAUUCCGGAGCCACUGGUCCUUUAGUGGCCCAGCUUCUAAACAGCCAUGGUUUCUUAGUCUUCGCCCAUGACCACGUCGGCCAUGGUCAAAGCGAAGGAGAGAGGGUGUACGUGGAUGACUUCCGUCCCCUCGCCAGAGAUCUCCUGCAGCAUGUGGACAUGAUGGUAGCCAAGUAUCCCGGCGUCCCUGUCUUCUUAUUGGGGCAUUCAAUGGGAGGCGCUGUUGCACUUAUGGCGUCUUGCCAACGCCCUGGCCUCUUCCGCGGUAUGGUGUAGGUCGCGCCCAGUAUUGAAAACAGAUACACCAAACGGGCCUUAGUGUGGACGCUGGCGUAUAUAUUUCCAAAUAUGAGUAUAGGCCCAAGUCAUAAAGCCGGACUCACAAAGGACACUGAGAAGGCCAAUAAAUAUGCAGAGGACCCCUUGGUGUUUCAGGGAGACUACAGAUUAUACCCGUCAUGCAUGUUUCUUCACGCUAUGAGGGCUUGUGAAGGCUUGCUCCCCACGGUCGACUGCCCGUUCCUUGUGAUGCACGGAGAGGAUGAUGAGCACUGUGACAUCUCGGGAUCAUGGAAAUUAUACCAACAGGCCAGUAGCAAGGACAAAGAAAUCAAGAUCUACCCGAACUGCCGCCAUGUCCUGUUAAUGGAGACGCCCGAAGAUGUGGAAAAGGUCAAAGAAGAUAUACUGGACUGGUACCUGGCCAGGGUGGAUCCAGACAAAAGGGCUACGUAGGAAAAUGUAUACGAACCUCGCUACUAUUGCUGGCGAACUUUUAAGC